AUGAGCGACGCAUGGAACAGGGUACGCGGCAAUGAUCAUCGGAACCCGCAAAACGGCCAACAGCAGCGAGUCACACGAAGCCAGUCGAGCAACAUCUUCCAACAGCUGCAGAACGCGCUGAGGCGCAACCAAGAGCUAGAACGAGCCAAACGAAAUGUCGAACAUACCGUAUCAAACCUCCGAGAGAAUCUGCGACGUCACAAGGAUGACAUAGGAAAGAAAGAAGGAAAAAUAGCAAGAACUGAGACGGCUUAUCGCAAGCUGCAAGCCGAAAACAGGCAACUGCAAGACGAGUGCAAAGAAUGGGAGGAAGAAUCCAAAGACAUUGGAAGGAUGUACAACCACAUCAUGGCGAAGGUCGUAAAGCCAUACGCAGUGAAGCAGAAGCUUGACUCUCAGAGCAUGACCGAUGAAUCUGUCAAGACACUCCUAGACACGAUGCUCAGGCAAUCCAGUCAAGUCAGGCCCUUGCGAGCAGAGCUCCAGCGUUUGCGAAGCCAGAUCCAAGAACUCCAGCAGGACAUGCUCGCCAAGGUCGACAAGGUGGAUGCCACGUCCGACGACCAGUUCGCUAAGGAAUUUCGCUCCCUUGCAUCAUCUAUCAAGUGCUUCAGCCGUUCACUCCGCUUCAUCGCCCACGUCAACAUCACCGAGGUUCUCGACUCCGUCGCCUUACUCAACGACGUUGCGCCUCAUCAUUGGAAUGGACGACCGAGGAAAAAGGCGUUGACCGAAGCCUGGAUCUGGUCCAUCCUGAUUUGCUUGGUAUUCAAAAGCCCCUACGCUGUAUUCGGAGAUCAUUGCAAAGCCCUGAAUGAGGCAUGGGUCCAAAUCUAUGGGGCAGAGCAUCUUCUCGAAUGGCCGAUUCCAUCUUCGCACUGCGAGUCAUGGCGUGUCAAGACAGUGGAGCAGUUGCUGAAGCAAACCAGUCCAGACACCAUUGCACAUGGAGAGUCAGAAGGCUUGUUUGCAGGCUUGACAGCCAGUGUGGUCGAGGUCCGCCUCCUUGUAAUGAGUGUUAUCUGCGGCCAUUUCGAGUCGCUAUCUCCCGGAUUCAAGAUUUCGGACAUCCAGCUCAUCAUCGACAAGGCCUUUUCGCUGGCCUUACAUAUGUCCACGCAGCAAUCGCGAUUUCAAGUCACUUAUCCGGCCGUCGGGGCCGAGUUCCAUGAGGCGCAAAUGCUGUCGGUGGAUAACGACGAUGAUGAAGACAUGGGAGCAAGUGUCGUGGCUUUCGUCAUCAAUCCAGGUCUGACUAAGUGGGGCGAUGCCCAUGGAGAGCACUACGACCAUUACCACAGCAUUGUGCCCACCCUCGUGCAACUGGAGCCGAAAGACCUAGGUGAUAAUCUCGAUGAUCACCGCCAGGAGAUUGUUGACGCAGAGCCUGUCAUCAAGCAAGAGCCUGGAGUGAAGCAAGAGCCUGAGUGGUGUUGGACUAGCAACUGA